AUGAUUAUUGAACCUCGUCGCCGAAAAAGUUCGGUAACAUUUUCUGUACCUGAUGAUCAUUAUCAUCAACAAUAUUAUGCACAACGAACAUCAAGUUUUGCUGAAUCAGAUUUGGAUUAUGAGCCAACUAUUUCGACAAUUAGUCCAAUAUCAUUGGCUAUGGCUCGAGCAUUACGUAGUGUUAAAACCUUUAAAAAAAGUUGGGAUUCUGAUAAGGCACUGAAAAGUACAUAUAAAGGAAAAUUUGGCAAACAUCAAUUACGUGCUUACAUCUUUUUGGUUUUGGGCUAUGCUGUCGUUGUAGCAUGGCUUACAGAGAUGCCUGUAUUUGCAUUAUUACAACCAAAAUUUAUCAAUUGUACACCAAUUUAUCCAAAUGUUUCGAAUAUAGAAACAGUCAAUACAACAUCCCUUUAUACAACAACCAUCAAUACAACACCCCUUCAAUCGAAACCCCAGAAAUUAAAGCCUUCAAAUUCAAUAGAAACACCACUAAAUUCAUCGAAUGGUAAUGCUCGAAAGACUGCUGAUGGACCAGUGCAAAAAAUGGAACCAAUAUAUAAUUAUAGCCAAGAAUAUGGACGAAGUGUACUUACUGAUUUCAAUAUCUUUUGUGAUCCGAUCCGUGUGAAAAUACCGAAUAUUGUUUAUCUUAUUGGUUUGAUUCUUGGAGGUCUUAUAUUUGGUUAUAUUGCUGAUCAUAGUGGAAGAAAAAUGAUUUUAAUUGGAUCAAUGUGGACAGCAUGUGCUCUAUCAAUAUUUCAACUUCUAAGUGAUGAUUAUAUAUCUUAUGUUUUCUUUAUUCUUUUCGUCGGUAUUGCCAUUGGUGCUGUACAAGUAAUUACUGUACCUUAUGUUAUUGAAAUGUUUCCUAGUGAAUCUCGAGCAAUCUUUGCUCUAUUAUUAACAGGUGCAGUAUUUAUAUUGGAUUUAAUUAUUCCUGGUCUUGCAUUCGUUAUAAAAAACUGGAAAAUUUUACAAUGUGUUGUUUCAGCACCAUUGGUUAUAACUGCCGUUCUUUAUUGGUGA